GACUACUUUUAAUACUUUCAAUAGUUUCGCGAUGAACCAACAUCAUUUAAAUUCUGGUUCAGAGUUCACGCGAGGCGAAAAAUGUAUCUUCACGCACCUGGUGCUGACUUUCUGCCUCAUAUUUGUCUCAGUGAUGAUAUAUUUGAUACAUCUGUAUCUGGUCAGUCACACCAUCAAUACAGUGUUUAAUACUAGAAGACGAGCAUCCACUUAUCCACAAUUCGAUGCUGUUCCCAUCGGAGUAAUAUAUCUAAACAGUACUCCUGUCCGUCGAAUUUGUAAUACGCUGCUCCUGAAAAGUCAUUGGUCUCUGGGACCUGGUCAUUGUGUAGCUCUCAUGUCACAUCCAGAUUUGUCUCAUCUAUUACUGGACUGGAGAUUGAAGUAUAGAUAUAAUAACGAUAAAUCAUAUUUAAUAGAUGUGAAAAUCAAGAGAACCGUGGUUCACCCACACUUUGACACCGGCACGUAUGAGAACAAUAUUGGAGUGAUACGUCAUAAUGAUUUAAGCAGCUUGCAGACGUACAAUUGUUAUUAUAACAUGGCAUUAUACACGACAGACGUAACAAAAUUUGCAGUUUUUAUAAUAGCAUAUCAUAAUAUGUUAUUCUCUUAUAUGCACAGAACCCUAAUACGCAAAUUAAGAGUACCUAACAUAAAUUACGAAAAAUUAUACGGUGAUGUUAAUAACAAAGGCAAUUUAAUGAUAGUUACCUGGCAACCUGGGGCCCCUCUAUUUGAAGACUGGAGUAAUACUGUUGGCGCAUUUCCGGUUCAAUUAAUGUCCCAAAAAGAUUGUAAAAUUGAAAUGGCUCCGAUAGUUGAUGUAAGAAGUUAUGAAAUGUGUGCCGUAUUCGAAAAAGCUAUUUACACAUCAGUUGAACACGGUUCCUUGGCUAUACAGAUGGACAGCUUCGAAGUAGUUGGACUAGUCACCUGGGGAGAGAAAUUAUAUAGAACAUAUCCUCUUGUUAUUCUCAAUGUAUCUUAUUUCAAAGAAUGGUUGGAUGUCGCUAUAACAACAUAGAAGGAUUGGAUAUUGUACAAUACGAGAAAAAAAAUUAAAUAUAUUAUAAUA